CAGAACGAGCAGUUUUGUAAAUAACUACAAUCGGGGACAAAUAAUUACGGCAUUCCUAUGUAUAGGAUUACCUUACCCAGUUCAAAUCCACCCCAUUGUAUGGUUUAUCAAUGGAUUUUUCUACCUUGUAAAUAGUGCGGACCAAUUUAACUGUACGUAGUAAGCCAUGCGAAGCAUGAAAAUUAUACAUUGUCAACAUUCUACCUUAAAGACUGGAUAUACAACAUUUUUGAUUAAGUGUUGGUUCUUUUUUUCAAUUGCUACAUUUAAAUCGUCAAAUAUUCAAUGAUUUAUUUGUUUUCAUGUUAAACUGCGCGUGUUACGAUAUCGAGUAUGUUUGGUUAAGACGACUGAUACACGUUUAAAUUGUGCUGAAUAUUUAAAAAGGAACUUGCAUGCCAGGAUUUUAUACAUGACAAAUAUAUGAGGCGGAAAUAAAGAAGAUAUUAUUAAGCGAGAUUUAAAUAUUAAUUACGUGUUGUUUUACACUUGUUCUAUAUAUCAGUUCGGCUAAACCACGGUCAUUAAACGACGGAAAUAGUGAGAGGCAGCUAAGUCGAAAAGUGGUUCAAAAGAACUGUGAGGUUGAAGAGAUCGAUGUAAACAGACAGUUCCUAAAUCAACGAGAAUAAAAAUCAUCGCCUAAUCGUACCUGGAUAUAUAAUAGUGGAUAAGGAAUAAAGGAUUUCACCUACUGAUUGCUGUAAAAUAUAAAACAUCUUUAUUUAAAACUGAAUGGAAUAUUUGAAAUUUGAAGAAAAUUAUUAGGCGGUGGCUGUUCACGCACUGAAUACAUCCCAUCCAUAAAUAAAAUGUUUAUUAGUUGAUGUUACGAUACUACAUAGUGAUGUAGGGUAUGGGUGGAGUGACAUUACAUCUUUGACGUAAAACCGUAAUUAUCUACACUUUUCAAAUUGUUCAACAAGGGGACGCAUUAUGGUACAUUAAACCUCGGAAUUAACGCGACAAAAUAGGACACACAGGCGGGCUUUGAGGAUGGCGACUGUUGAUGCAGGACAGGAUGAUGGAAAACAUCCUAUUACCCGGCAACAGAGUAUUGUGCCAGCUCCGCCGGCGUCGGCGUUUGGCGAUGACGAUGAAGAUUAUGCACGUGUAACAAAGCAACAGAAUGAAGCACAGAAAAAAGCUAGCAAAACGAAAAAGGAUGACAUGAGUACAAAUUUUGGAGCCGCCACAUUUUCAAAGGCUCCAAAAGGAUUCGAGGCUAUGCAAGCUGUGAUUGAAAUGGAGAGAAAAGGCUCUACAGUAGAAAACGACGCUGAUUCGUCAGAAAAUUCAACUGAUCAAUCCACUGACCAAUCGGAUGAUAGAGAAUCAGCUUCCGGUCGCGGAAGCGGAAGUUGGCAAACGUUUGCGCGCACGAGGUUUUCGGUGAAAGCCUCACAUGGUUAUUGCUGUGCUCCUUUGCAGCAGCCUCUUCUAGAAAAACGCGAAAAGUCCGACCAUUUAGCGUCGCUGGCAGCAUGGGUCACCUUGCUAAGAAUUAUGGGAGAUCUACCGGAAAUGGAUUACGGCGAGACAUUUGCCGUUGCCGGGCAAACAAAGCCUGUCGUGAAUCUUGUCAGAGAAAAUUUUAGUAAAAAGUAUUCGAAGAAGGACAUAGAAGAUGCUUACAAAAAGUACAGCGAAUUGUUUAGGGAUCCAACCAACUCGGAGGUGACGAACAUACCAUUUCUCCAGGAUAAUAAAGAAUCCAUGUUGGAGAAAGUACAAUAUAUCACUGCUCUAGGAAUAUAUAAAGCCGACCUCAGAGAUGAGUUAUACUGUCAGGUUUGUAGACAGCUGACCAACAAUCCAUCCCGUAACAGUUGUAUCAGAGGAUGGGUCAUGUUGUUCGUGUUCGCCGGAAGUUUUCUUCCCUCUGAAAAGUUUGCCCCAGUCUUGCUGACUUUUCUUCGAGAAGGUCCAACUGAGCAUGCUCAGAGGGCGGAGCGAUUGUUAAGACGCACGUUUAUGGUUGGAACAAGAGGACAGCCGCCAAGUUGGCUAGAAUUUCAGGCAGCGAAGAACAGUAAGCCCAUUUUGUUGCCAAUAAUUUUGAUGAACAGUCACAGACUUCUGGUUGAAGCCGAUACAGCUACGACAGUGAACGAACUGUGUUCACAGAUCAGUCAACGUAUAGGGCUCCAUGACAGAAGUGGGUUCUCCAUAUAUAUAACCCUGGGACAUAAGAUCGCCUGUCUUGGCCACGGUUUGCAUCGGGUAAUGGACGCUAUAUCAGAAUGCGAACAGAGCACAAAGGAACAGGGCAUGCGCGAAAGUAGUAGCACGUGGAGGUUGUACUUCCGGAAAGAGUUCUUUACACCAUGGUAUGACCCUGGUGAAGAUGCACAUGCCACAGAUUUGACAUAUCAACAAAUUAUGAGAGGUGUUUCUGUGGGAGAAUAUAAGUGUGAUAAGGACGAAGUGCUUGUUCUAAUGGCAGCUCAAAAGUAUUUUAUAGAUAACGGUGCAGAAACUGACGCCACUAAAAUAGAAAGCUUUUUAAAAACCUGGUUACCCAAAACUCAUAUGGAGACGAAAGAACUAUCCUAUUGGGUUGGCAAAGUGAAAACCGAAAUUGAAAAUGAUUUUCUGAAAGACAAACCACAUAAAACGUCUUUGAAGGCGGAUAUUGUGACAUUUGCUAUGAACAAGUGGUACAACUUAUUUUCGAGGUUUUAUGACUCCGCGAAGGUGCAGGGACCAAAUAUAUCCUGGACGGAUGUGAUAUUAGGAAUAAAUUGUAAAGGAUUUAAUAUCUUGGAUGAAAGUGAGAAUGUGAAAGUCCACCUAUCUUUUAUUGAGAUUACGCGUGUGACGAAGGGAAGGCAUACUGUGACAAUAUCAACGGUACAAGGGGAAGAUUAUACCGCGACAACCAUGCAUUCUGAGGACCUCUAUACCUUGAUGACGUCAUUCCAGGUGGGGCUUAGAAGGAGAUCAAUGUAUGCCAUUGCAGUACAAGAUGCUUCACAUUUCGAAAGUGCAAUAGGUUUUGGAAUAUCAAAAGGGGAUUUAAUAAAAUUUGACAAACCUUAUGAAGAAUAUGGUGAGUCGGAUGUUUACACGGGCAUCACAGUGACCAAUGGGAAGCAUGGAAACAUACCACGUGACCUUCUUUACAUCCUUCCAACCAAUGAUGAACCACCAGCAAAUAUCAUGGGGAUGUUAGCAGUCCAGCUGAGGAAGGAUGCACCAAGUAUAGUGCCGCCCGGGACUGCCGUUGCCGCUAAUGGUGCGGAGGGACACACCUUGCAUAAUUUCUCAAAGACAUACUUCAGGCAAUCAUCGGAAAAGAGUUCGGUGACCAAGUUACUUUCAAAAGCUUCGUUAAAGAGGAAAGAUAAAGACGUGGCGUGGAAGUUUAGUAAAGAACCAUUGAAGAAAGCUCUAAUGAGGAGGACGAACUUGAGAGAUGACUUGAGGAAGGCAGCUAUUAAAAGCUUCUCUGCUAUCCAGAUUUACAUGGGCGAAGCUCAAAACAAAGAUAACGUCCCAGACCAUGAACUGCUCAAUGACAACGUUAUUGAUCUUGCUAUGAGAAACAAAUAUUUGCGAGACGAGAUAUUCUGCCAGGUGAUGAAACAGCUUACAGGCAAUCCUAACAAAUUAAGCGAAGAGAGGGGUUGGCAGUUAAUGUGGUUAUUAUUAACAUGUACGUACCCACAAACAGACUUGUUUGACGAGCUCGAACUCUUCCUUAGAACAAACCAUAAUGUGUUCGCUAAACGGUGCCUUGCAAAACUUCACUCCACGAAAAGUGAAGGGUGUCGUUAUUCCCCUCCGCAUCCGCUGGAGUACGAGGCCUUGCACAACAAACAUCCAGCCAUCGAAUAUACAGUUCUCUUUCCGGACCAGUCCACUCAAACGAUAGAAGUUGACGCUAACACGAGAAUGUGUGACAUACAUCACAACAUUGUGAAAAGGCUUCAGUUAAAGCACAGUCAGGAGUAUGGUUUAUUCUUUGGUUUGAAAGACAAAGGUAAGAUAUUUCUAUUUCCUAAAAAGAUAAAUUUUUUUUGCGGUAGAAGAGUAAGACAUUGCUAACUAUUGAUAUUUUCG